AUGGCACGCCUCAGACAUAGAGAAUCAUGGGGGUAGGAACGCCCAGCAGUAACAUUGACACUUCCUUGUUGCAGUUCCAGAAGCUGAGGUUGCUUCCCCAGCAGCAAACGAUCUCUGAGGCAUUAGGGCUGUUUCAAACAUGAGCGAAGGACUCAGAACGGAGGAUGAAGCUUCAGGCGCGGUUACUCAAAACAAGCAGCAAGUCAGACCAGCUUCUGAUGCUGCAGAAACCGACUGGAAAGCUGCACAGAAGGAAUUUGAAAAGAUAGCUUCCACAAAGAAACUGCGGACUCCCAGGAGUCAUGAUGCCAUCACGAUCGCCGUGUCUUCUCGCUGCCUCUUUAACAUGGUGGAAGAAAGAAAGAUAUAUGAACUGCAAGGCCUGGAAAGUUACGUGAAAUACCAACAGAAGUACGAAGAGGAACCCCUGAAGAAAGGGCCGGCUUUCCCGUUAGUGAAGGCACUAGAAACUGUUAACUUACGACUACGUGAACUUUACCCUGACAGUGAUGAAAUAUUUGAUAUUGUACUGAUGACUAACAACCAUGCCCAAGUAGGUGUGAGGCUGAUAAAUAGCAUCAAUCACUACAAUCUGUCAAUCGAAAGGUUCUGUAUGACUGGUGGGAAAAGUCCAGUUGGGUAUCUGAAAGCAUACCUCACCAAUUUGUAUCUUUCAGCAGAUUCUGAGAAAGUGGGAGAAGCCAUUGAAGCAGGAAUUGCAGCAGCGACUAUGUUUCAGAGUGAAAAGGACCUGCAGCUUUCAGAUCACCAGCUCAGGGUGGCAUUCGAUGGAGAUGCUGUUCUUUUCUCUGAUGAAUCAGAGAAGAUCGUGAAGGCUCAUGGAUUAGAUACGUUUUUUGAACAUGAGCUGAAGUUUGAAGACAAGCCACUUGCACAGGGUCCUCUCAAAGGAUUUCUGGAAGUUUUAGGAAAACUCCAGAAGAAGUUCCAUGCCAAGGACUUGCGUUUGAACUGUCCCAUCAGGACUUACCUGGUGACUGCACGAAGUGCUGCAAGUUCUGGAGGAAGGGCUUUAAAGACUCUUCGCAGCUGGGGCCUGGAGGUUGAUGAAGCACUUUUCCUUGCAGGGGCACCUAAAGGACCGCUCUUGGAAAAAAUACGCCCUCACAUUUUCUUCGAUGACCAGAUGUUCCACAUUAAAGGAGCACAAGCGCUGGGAACAAUUGCAGCACACGUUCCUUAUGGCAUUGGGCAGAAAUACAACAAAAGCACCCCCAUAACUGAUUCUCCAAAGAAAAGUUAAUCUGGAGCAGGGUAAACUAAUUUGGAUAUAAAUAUAACACGUACCUGUGCUGCAUCAUUCUAUGUUACCUGUAAGUGCAAUGUCAAAAAAAGUCAAUCCUGAUCAAAAUUUGGCUUUAUUCAGUAGGGUCUGUUCAUCAAAGCACUUAGACAAAUUUUUACCUCCUCUUUUUCACAUUUUCUAACGUUGCAGUUCAAUUUUUUAUACUGUCUAGCUUAGGUGAGGAGGGCUGCAUGAAAUUAGUCAAUUUAAUAUUUUCAUGUUGUAUUUAAUUUGAGUACAGUAGUCUGAAAGGAAUUUUGUUCACAUAAAAAUGCACAUUUUGCCUUACUUUCUCUUUAAAACUAGUACCAUUUGAAAUUGUUCGAGGUAGCUUUUCAUUUUAAAAGCCACAUGAAGUUUACAGAAUGAUCAGGCCAUCACCAACAUUUUCCUCAUCUGGCAGCAUCAAUGGAAAGAAAUCAAAAUUAACAUUUCGGAUUGAGUGACCCUUCCUCAGAGAGUUUUGUGGUAUGGUUCAGUGACCCAAAACAUUAACUCUGAUUUUGUCCACUGAUGCUACCAGACCUGCUGAGUUCUUCCAGCAAUUUCUGUUCUUGUUCCUGAUUUUCAGCGUCCGCAGUCCUUUCAGAUUUUACCAAAGUUUCCCAAUCUUGUGGUGAAUUGUGCUGAGUACUUGGCCUUGAUUUUUUUUAAACAAUUUAAUCGAUAGCCAGAGACUUUUCCCCAGGGCAGGAUUGACUGCCACGAGGGGUCAUAGUUUUCAGUGGUAGGAGGAAGGUAUAGAGGAGACGUCAGAGGGAGGUUCUUCACCCAGAGAGUUGUGAGCGCAUGGAAUACUUUGCCAGUGGUAGUCGUGGAAGCGGAGUCAUUAGUGACAUUUAAGCGACUGCUGGACAUGCACAUGGACAGCAGUGAAUUGAGGGGAAUGUAGGUUAGGUUAUUUUUUGGAUUAGGAAUAUUCCACAGCACAACAUCGUGGGCUGAAGGGCCUGUACUGUGCUGUACUUUUUCUAUCUAUCAGAGUUUUCUCAAAGUGCUGGGAAAACCACUUCUGCGAAGUGAGUUUAGACUUCUCAUUCACUUUAGUAAAGGGUGAAAUGCCUGCUUUUACUAGGGGUAAAGAAUGAAUCUUCCUUGACAGUAGCAAUAUGGUGAGUGGUAUCCUCUGCUGACAGUCCACACAUGCCACCCGAUGUUGAGUCUCUUCUCCUCCCUAGUCCACCAUUUUGAGGCCUUCAGUGACCGCACAGCACCUGAGCAACAGGUAUCAUGUAACUCUUAAUGUUUGAAUUCCCCUAGUGCUUAAUAUUUUCCUUUGUAAACUCUGUGUGGUCUUUGCUGUUUAUGUGCGGAGAAGAAAUUGUUUCCAUCCACCUAAAUAAUUCUUCUUAUUUAUCUGAUUUAGUUGUUUAAAUGAAAGAUGUUUCAGCUCUGCCAAUUCUGUUUUAUAAAUAAUAACUCUGUUCCCUGAUACCAUUGCUCAGUGCUACAGGGCUUAACCAAGUUUUGACACUACAUUGCAGUUGAUGUUAAAUUGGAGGAAAGAGUCUUAUGCAACAUGUGUGCUGGGAACACAAGACAGCAAUGAGUAUAAGUAUGGUGGAGACCAAUAACAUAUGUGAUAUAUGAAUUUAUUUUUAGGAACCACAUAGCACCACAUAUUUUAAUUAUUUUCUCUUCAGUUUACUAACAAGUGGCAACUAUCCUAGGUCUCUGAAAGAUUGGGAUUCAUAGCUGUAACCCCCACUAUUGGUCCCAUGUUCAAUACUGUAUUUAUCUACAGAAUGCAAAGAAAAUUUGUCACUACGUUGCUGUUUCCUCCUGUUGUGCAGCAAAUCUGCCAUCUGUUUUAUUGCCUACAGUUGUAUACAUGUUUACAUUUAUGAUUAUUUCACAAAGUAUUGCAAUAUUUCAGCAGAAGUCUAGAGUCACGGUGCAGGACACCAUUACACAUGAAAUAGUUUGGGGGAGUUUGAAAAGGUUGUCCAGGAAUUACAGUGAAUCUUGGGAAAAUAUUCCAUUACUUCCUGUUUUCAUUUUGGAUUGUAAAAUUGUGAAGUGCAAUUGACUGUAAAAGUGAUAUCAUUUGGAAGUGAAUGUUUUGAAUGAAUGCUGUGUGAUAGAGCUGUUAAAAUUUGUUUUUUUUUAGUCAUUUGGAGUAGGAAUGCCUGAGAUUGUUCGCAAAAUCAAAUGUAUUGGACGUUCCUCUGUUUUUGUACCUAUGGUAAUCACUUUCCAUUCAUAAACUGCUAUAUUAGAGGAAGCAAUGGCCUCACGGAAUUCUCACUAGACACUUAACCCAGAAACUCAGCUAAUGUUCCGGGGACCCAGGCUUGAACCUAGGUAUGGCACAUGAUGGAAUUUGAAUUCAACUUCUGUUGAAUUAAGUCUCUAAUGAUGGCAUAACAUUUUCAAUUGUUGCAGGAAAGCUCAUCUGGUUUACUAAUGUCCUUUAGGGAAGGAAACUGCCAUUCCUACCUGGUCUGGCCUACAUGUUACUGUGGACCCAAUAGCAAUAUGGUUCACUCUUAACUGCCGUCUGGGCAAUAAGUACUAACUUACUCAGUGAUAUCCACAUCCUGUGAAUGAUUUUUUUUUAAACAGUGAGAAAUCUUCAGAAGUAAUUUUUCAAAGGUUUUCUGAUUAAUGCAUUCACUUAACACCUUAACACUUAACAAGCAAUUAGAGAUGAUGCCAGUCUUGAAAAAAAAACUGUUUUUCUGUGAAUCCCUGAAUAAAUGUUUCGCGUUUGUAAUAAGAUCAGUCAGCUGGACCUCAUAGAAUAUGAUUUCCUUGAUUGGGACUGUUAAUCUGAUCCAAUCAGGGAAACCUGGCUGACAUAAAAGGAUAAAUUUCAGUGAUAUUGAGCUCCAGAAUAUCAUGCAGUGCUAUUGUCAAAAACUAUGUAUUUUUACAUAAAUGGUGACUGGUAAUGGGAUACUAGGCUCUGAAUAGUUAUGUCAAAAAGCAGUGUGAAAAUGAUAGCAGAGUUCCCAACUAACAGAACUUCCCCUAAGUUAGCAAUCAUGAACCACAAAGAUGGCUAGUCUAUGAAAUGUAAAUGUCAUAUAGAAGCAAUACAAUCACUUUUGUCCUGAUUGGAGAUUGUUCCAAGAGGUUCUAAGUAAAUUGUCACUUAUUUUUUGUCGAACAAUGAUUAUCUGUUGGUCAGCAGUACUAUCAUUUAAUGGGUGUUAUAGGUCAAACUACUGGGAUUACCCAGCCCAGCCCCAUACCUCUGUCGGUGUACUUGUAUAGUUUGCAGUCCAUGGGGUAUAAAAAGGCAGGAUUGCAUCUUCUCUGGCCUGUUAGGGAUGGACAAUAAUUGCUGGUUUAGCCUGCAAUGCUCACACCCUGUGAAUGAACACAUUAAAUAGAACAGGUAAGGAACUGAUAUCAAAUUUUAAUACCUCAAUUUCUUUUAGAAUUAGGAGUAAUAAAUGAGUUGUAUAAAAAUGUGUCCUUCAUAGGAUUAACAUUUGUAACAAACGACAGGUAAUUUUCCACUCUGUUCUCCUAGUAACUGAGAUUUGGAAAAUAUCUAAAUGAUGCUGCCUUUAACUCAAGCAUGAAAGAAAUGGUCAGAGCUACUAAUGAUCAUUGACGUUUGUAGUUUGCGCUUGGAUUAUUUCAGUAUUUUGUUGUAAAAAUCACGUCUUUUUUCCCAUUAAAAAAAAAUUGGCUGCACUGAACUUACACCAUUUAUUUCCAUGCUUGAUUACAAUAGUCUCUCAUAGUAUAUUGACUUAAGUUUAUCUUUUUGCAUUGUGGUUUUAUUUUAUUUGUUUUGUUACCAACAACUGCUUUUGUGCAUAUUUUUAAAGUAUACUGUACUUG